AUAGAUGCGGGCGAUGGCAAUGAACCAGCUCUGAAAGGUCAAACGACGGCUUCCAUAAAUGUCAACAAUGCUGAGGAGUCAGCAGCUGGUGAGAUUAAUUUAGCUUGAUUGACAACCCGAGAAGCCGCAAGUAGCUAAGUCGGUCAUAAGGAUGGUUUUCAAGUCACUCAAAAAUUUGUCGAAUCGUUUUAAUUUUCCGACUUUAAUGAGAUGCAAAAUAAGGUUACCUGAGAUUUUACUCACUUAGGCCUUGCAUUGGUCCUCUAGGGUGGAUUCGUUUACCGCAUUUGCCCGCUGGAAUUUUUUAUUGUUUUUAGGCUAGGGCCCUCUGUCCGUAUUGCUUGGACUCCAAUUUCCAUGUAUUAGUCAUUUAAUAAUUAAUAUACACUAAAAAAUUACUCAAUUCUGAUUGGCUGAAAAAGAAGUGCAGUUCUCCUGUAACACAAGUGCAAGUUUGUAACACGAGUGCAAAUUGCAAAUGGUUUUUGAUUGGUUGAAAAAAGCAAAAGAAACCAACAAGAGCCAAUCAGAUUAGAGCUAUUUAAUAGCAACAAAGUUUAAGAUAAGACAUGCGGGAUAAUGGCCGUCGUUUUCAGCAAACAACGAUUUGAUUUUGCAUGCAAAACAACAAUAGAACAGUUAAAAUAUUACAAAAACCCAAACACAGUAAAAAGUACGUCUUUCUGGCUGAAUGUAUUGAAAAUGUGUUGCGAGCGCCUAACAGGCAGCACACGUGCCAUUUUAGCUCUCUAAUUUUUUACCCUUUUUAACCUUCUAUUCGACCCUAUGAAACCGUUUCACUAAUAUUAUACGUCUGUAUAUCGCUUGAAUGGCAAGGAUUUAAACAUGUUCGUUCCUUACUGGUAUUUUGUCAUCAACUUCACCGAGGCGUUUGUCCACGGGUCUUUGGCGUUGUAGUAGUGAUGGUUAUCAAAAGUACCUCACUGGCAUAGAUAAACGGUUUCAGCUCUAUCCGACCAUUACAAAUAAAGUUCUCUCACUUUUGAAUCGUCUAAAUAGGUCAAAGGCAGCUGGCCUUGACAAGAUAUCUGCUAGGCUCAUUCGGGAAUGUGCAGAUCUCAUUUGCAUUCCUAUCCGUGAUAUUUUUAACCAGUCAAUAAGUCAAGGCAUAUUUCCGGAUGACUGGAAAUGCGCAAAGGUCACCCCACUGUUUAAACAAGGCGAUCGGGACGACUUAAAUAAUUAUCGUCCAAUUUCGGUGAUCUCAGUUAUGGCCAAGGUCUUUGAAAGAAUCGUCUAUGAUCAAUUAUAUGCCUACCUAGAAGAGCACAAUAUAAUCUGUAAAUAUCAAUCAGGCUUUCGCGCUAUUCACUCAACUGUCACGGCUCUCCUUGAGGCCACGGACACUUGGGCGUACAAUAUUGACCGCGGUAAAAUCAACGCCGUUGUUUUCUUAGAUCUCAAAAAGGCCUUCGACACAGUUGACCAUGAGAUCCUUUUAUCAAAAUUAAGCAAUUACGGCAUAUAUGGUAACGCGCACCAAUGGUUUAAGUCAUAUUUAGAGAAUCGUACUCAAAUGUGCUCCAUCAAUGGAUCGCUCUCUCAAAGCUGUUUAUUAAGUUGUGGUGUUCCCCAGGGGACGAUUUUAGGUCCAUUACUAUUUCUGUUAUACAUCAACGAUCUUCCAAACUGUCUUUCAAAUUGUGAGCCGAGGAUGUACGCUGAUGACACCCACCUUACAUACGCAGGUGAUAAUGCAGACAAUAUUCAGUUGCAUCUAAAUCAAGAUUUAGAAAAUGUUCACAAUUGGCUGAGAGCAAACAAACUUGCUCUAAAUAUGACUAAAACCGAAUUUUUAAAGCUGACGAAUUUUGUACCGUGGAUAAAUAAAGAUUAUCUAUCUAUCUAUCUAUCUAUCUAUCUAUCUAUCUAUCUAUCUAUCUAUCUAUCUAUCUAUCUAUCUAGUUGACCAUGGAAUAUCAAGGACGACGCUUACACGUCGCGGAUGUGAGCAGGACGGCAGAAACAAAGUCUUUCUGGUGUGACUUUGUCAACCUUGAGCCUUCAAUCGAGUCAAAUCCUAUCUUACAAACCUUCGGUUCCGACAAAUACGGCCAUUAAUGGCGGAGUUGAACAGCAUUUGCAUUUUUCUUUGCCUGGAACAUUAAAUAUAUUUAGUCUGACACCUCGUCCUGCAGUUUCAUCAACAAUGCUAUUAUGAAGCGUCAUUCACCCAUGGCGGAUUCUCUGCAAAACACUAUGUGGGACUUCUCGCGAGACUCAGGAUCGCUACAUAACUCGAGUUAUCAUGCGCCGAAAAUUAUAGUUGUUGAUGCAAUGUCUCUUGCACCCAAGAUCACCGAAGUGCAGGAAUUCAUCGAUAGGAAUAAAGUUAGCCUCGCUUUCGUAACGGAAACGUGGCUAAAAUCUGCUGUGGAAGACACUGCUGUGGAUAUUCCUGGCUUUUCCAUUGUACGGAGGGACCGGGCAUCCAAUGCACACGGCGGCGUUUGUCUUCAUAUCAAGGACGAUUACUUUAGAUUUAAAAAGCUUAAGGAG